UUACUGUGCUCCUCAGUACGGGGUUCUGCAGUACGGUCCUCUUCUCCACGCGCAUCAUGGAUGUCAGAAUGAUCUUACUGGCUGUUCUGGUAAUAGUAAAUACCUACGGAUCUGAAUCAGAAGCCAAGCCUAUCAGCCUGGUUGAGAGGUGUUGGUGCCGUUCUAGCCUCGUCAUGGUCCCACAGAGGAGCAUCCGUGAGCUGAAGUUCAUCCACACACCCAACUGUCCUUUCCAAGUCAUUGCCAAACUGAGGAGCAAUCAAGUGGUGUGCCUCAAUCCUGAGACAAAAUGGAUAAAACAGUACCUGGAGAAAGCCCUUGAAAGAAUGAAGACCAAACAAGAGUCGCACAACUAAGGAAGCAGCUGGAUGGCAAGCCCAUUUAUGAGCCACCACCACAGAUAUGUACCUGUACCAUAUACUGCUCUGGCAUGCUUGCUGAACCAGCACUUAACCUGCAAACUUUGCUUUCUUCUCAAUGAUUCGCCACACCAUCAUCACCACCUCUGCCGCUGCUCUAGGCACCUCAUGUUUUAGCACAAUGUACAAUUAUAUAUGUAUGUAUUAUGAGUGUUUUUUAUACGUAUGAUAUGUAUAUACAAUGUUUUUCUAUAUCACCUUUAAACAGUAAAGAGAUAUUUUUGGAGUUGUGUUUGCUCCUUGCCUGUCUGUUACAGCGUUAGGUAGCACUGAAUGUAGUACUGAUGAAUUUGGAGCAAACAUCCCAAACUCUGCAAACUCACAGUGUUCUGACAUGGCAUCAUACAAGAGGAAAAGUAAAGUGGGAAUCACACACUGGUGCAGAGCUGAGCCUCAAUAGCAGCAUACCUGACACGAGAACAAAUAGGAAGGGAGUUGACUUUCUCCACCCGCUUAAUAAUCAUACUUAAUUAACCCAUAUCUUAAAAACUUGUAACACUGCAUAUUGCAUGUGAAUGUAAUAUUAUACGUACAUAUACAUGAAAAGUGAACUGUUGCUUGUCUUUUUGUUCUCUGACAAACAGGGUGUUAUUUUAUCCAAGAGUAAAUUAAAAAAAAAAAAACCCUUGACCUUAGAUUAACUUAAAUAAGCUGAAUUCCUUUAGGGAACAUACUCCCCAAGAAGUAGUUUGUGAGGAAAAAAAAUGAGAAGGAAUGAUUUUUUUUUCUAAUUUCAAUCAUUGUGUAAGCAAAGAAAUAUCUGGAGUCACAAACUAACUUAACUGAGCAGCCAGUGUGUUGAAGGCACAAAACUUACGAGCAGAAUCAUUCUGAAUUAACCCAAAUUAUUUAGAAUUAGCCCAAAUUAUUUUAUAAGUGUACAUAAAAUUACACACAAUAUUUAAACAUAACGGGUGGUGUAGUGGUUAGCGCUGUCACCUCACAGCAAGAAGGUCCGGGUUCGAGUCCCGUGGCCGACGAGGGCUUUUCUGUGCGGAGUUUACAUGUUCUCCCUGUGUCCGCGUGGGUUUCCUCCGGGUGCUCCGGUUUCCCCCACAGUCCAAAGACAUGCAGGUUAGGUUAACUGGUGACUCUAAAUUGACCGUAGGUGUGAAUGUGAGUGUGAAUGGUUGUCUGUGUCUAUGUGUCAGCCCUGUGAUGACCUGGCAACUUGUCCAGGAUGUACCCCGCCUUUCGCCCGUAGUCAGCUGGGAUAGGCUCCAGCUUGCCUGCGACCCUGUAGAACAGGAUAAAGCAGCUAGAGAUAAUGAGAUGAGAUUUAAACAUAACCAGUCAAUACAAGAUUUUUUCCCCCACCAUGUCUAAGAAAAUAGUGUGUAGAUUUAUCUUGGAAUUGCAGCAUUUCUGCUGCAUAUCUCACAGUUGUGAGCUAGUAUCAUGCAAUUGUGAGAAAGAAAAGUUGCAGUUGCGAGAACGUAACUGCAGUUACUUUUUUAAAACUUCAAAACUGCAAGCAAUUUUGAUUCAGCUUCCACAAAGUAAUUCUCACAAUUGUGAGUUAAUAUAAUGAUUUUUAUCUCAUAGUUUUAUGAUAAUACAAAAAUUACAGCUGUGACUUUUUAUCUCUCACCCCUCCAGCAGAAUGUUUUUGGCUGAACAGAAGAGCGUUCCUGCAGGGCUUGUGCCUUGCUUAAGCGUAGGGCAAUAGCCUAAUAAGUGGAAGCAUGAAGUCAAACCGCAACCUGCCACUGUAGGAUAAAAUAUCUCAGUUGUGCGAUAUAAACUCAGUUGCAGGAUAAAAAGUUUCAAUUGCAUGAUAUCUCUCGACUGCAAGAUAAGAAGUUGCAAUUGUGUAAUAUUAACUCAAGAUAAAUCGAUAUAAUAUUUUCCUCAUAUGUCAGGGAAACAAGUUUCCAUAGAAAUAAUGCUAACUAGCUUAGAAUGCUGAUAUGCACAAAACAGCGAGAUGAAUUUUUUUAAGCGAUAGAGGGAGACAUUUAAAAUUACUGGAUUAAAAUACAUAAUACCUAUCAUUAGUGGUAUAAUAAUGCACUUUAUUUACUGUGUCCUGUUGUAAAAAGGGAGCUCAUCUAGUAUGAGGAAUACCAUCUACAGCAAAUAGUUCACUUUUCUGUGGUUAAGAAGAAAUUAGAAUUGACAAAAUUUCCUUUUCCUUUUGGGAAACAAGCCCUUAAAAUGAUAAAUUUUACACAGCUAUUUAAAAUAGAACAAUAUUGUUUCACUGUCACAGCAGUGUGUAUAGCUAGGCCAGCUAUUAUAGAAACAUUCAGUACACUAGUAUAAAACUAGCAUAUAUUUCUGUCUGCCAGACACCUCUCAAGGAAAUUAGUGUAUGAAAUUUGUCUGUAGCAUGACUGCCAACUUGAUCCUGUCAAGCAAUUUAAAGCAGUCAUUAAAGCAGCCAGGCCUCUUUCAGACUGGCAGCCUGCAGGCGCGCAGGCCAAGAAACAUAAUGCCCAAUCAACUUUAGAGAGGAAGGCUGUAGGCAAUGUUGUGGGGGUUAGGCCACCAGUUACACUCCAUUUCAUACAAUGAUGUGGGAAAAAAAAAAAUCGAACAGACCCUCAUGAUUAAUUACCAAUUUGUACCCCUGAGAUCUUCUUCACUGGCGACAUAUGUACUGAGAAAAUACUUACCUGUACGCCGAUACAUGAAAAUCAAACCAAUGAGCUUGAUAACUUGCUGAUUAACUCACUGAGUGGGCAUUAACAAUAAACUUUUAUAGUGUCAGUGAACAGUGUGAACUAUGCAACAUUGAAUUCAGGGCCAAUUUAACUUGAACAAGGCAACACUGAGUGGUUAUGUACAGGAUGUGUAAAGGAAGAAGUCAGUAAAUCCCAUCCCAUUACAGGGGUCAUUUAACUUGCUCCACAAAAAUGCUUACCCAACUAACAGUGAGAGAAGAGAAAAGGUUACGGAGAGUGUCUUAAAAUGAUAAUGAUAAGGAAAAUGCAGCAAUAAUUUUCAUUUUUUUUAGAUGUCUUUUUUGUGAUAAAGGAAUAAACACUAAUCCUAGCCCAUGGCACUUUCGGCAGGGUGUAAACAGAUGAGAUUAGUGUGUUUAUCUGUCAAAAAACAAGGUGCUACCAGCAUCAACAAUCAUUAAUGUGAUUGAGGCAAUUGAUAAUAUGUAUUUGUACAUGUUCCCAAACAAUGUGAAGGACAUUCAUUUAUAGAUGGCAGCUUAUUCUAUGACAUAUUUUGUAUUUGUAUCCAUGUUUAAUUUCAUUUAUAAACUGGUUAUUUCAAAAUAAAUCAUAUUGGAUUUAUGAA